AGCGCCUGUUAUCGUGUCGCCGCGUUCGAAGUGUGCCGCACGGUGUUCGCGUCGGUUUGCAUAAUGUCGCAGCGCGAACGACGACCACGGUGUUGUGCAGUGAAACGUGCGUAUCGUAAUAUCUUCAUAUCCGCUGGUGGGUGACUGUUGUCCGAUUGCACAGGAGCUGCAGCCGACCCAACAACGAUGGCACGGCGGAACCUAAAAAAACGGCAAAUGCGCGACGAUGGCGCGAAACCGUGCACCGGCUUAAUGGCGACAUUGCCCGUCUUCCUCCUGUCAGCCGUCUCGUACUCUAUAUUGCGGUAUUUCGUGCAGCCGUUAUUCCGUUCCGACGAGUAUUACAUUGACGAAGAGUUCCAUGUGCCUCAAGCUCGCCGUUAUUGCCAAGCAGCAUUUCAUCAGUGGGAUCCAAAAAUUACUACACUGCCUGGAUUGUAUUUAUUGUCAGCUAUUGUGUUAGUACCUGGUGUACAGAUUUAUAAUUCAGUAUUAUCAAUGAUUGGUAUUUUGGAUAACAAUUUCCUUCACAAUUAUGAUGCAUGCUCAUUGAUUGCAUUGCGAGCUGUGAAUGCAAUAGGAGCUCCAUCAUGUUUGUAUUAUGCAUAUCAUCGUUGUCAACAAUUACUAUUACAAAACGAACGUAAGAAAUCAUUAAUUGGAGAAUGGUCAUAUAUAAUUUUAUCAGUGAGUGUUGCAACAUUCCCAGUUAUUUAUGCCCCGUACUCGAUGCUCUAUUAUACAGAUGCUUGGGCUACAGCAUCUGUUUUUCUAUGGUAUUCUAGUCAUCUGAAUAGUAAAAAAAGUUCAUGGCUUAAAAUUGGAUUGGGUGGAUUUUGUGUCUUGUGUCGUCAAACAAACAUUGCAUGGUUAGUGUUUGCAACUAUCAUAGAUGUAUGUCAUUGUACUGAACAAUGUUUCCCUGCUGUGAAAAAUAGUGGUUGUACAUUUUCCUACAUCCGAGCAUGCAUCACCGAAUUAUACAAAUGUUGUACAGUUAAACAAAGUAAUAGAUUCAACAUUUUAUUCAACUUAAUGAAGAAAUGUUGGCUUUCAACUUACUCAAAUUUAAUAGUUAUUGGAUCAUUUGCAUUGUUUGUAGUGUUCAUAAACAAAGGUGACUUAGUUGUUGGUGAUCGAAGUGCACACAUACCUCGUUUUCAUCCUAUGCAGUUAUGUUAUUUUGUGAUUUUUGCAUUAACUUUUUCUUUGCCGUGGAUACUAUCACAAUACUAUUUUAAUAGACAAAUAACUAACUCAUUUGUUAAACAAUCCACUAUAAUCUUCUUUGAACUUCAAAAGAAUAUUUCUAUAGUGGUAUUAAUUUCUUUGGCAACAUUAAUUUCCGGAUUAGUAUACUUCAACACUAUAGCCCAUCCAUAUUUAUUAGCUGAUAAUAGGCAUUAUACAUUCUAUGCGUGGAGACUACUGUUCAGUCCUGGUAAACCUGUAUUUCUAAGGUAUUUACCGGUGCCGCUAUAUGCAUGUGGCCUAUACUAUUUAGAUACAAUGUUAAUACGUUCAUCUAUUGCUUAUAAGUUAGCAUUUUGGAUAGUUACACCACUUGUACUUUGUCCUCAAUAUUUGUUAGAGCCUCGCUAUUUUGUAGUACCUUAUCUUAUGUAUAAACUUCAUAGUAACAGAAAUAUUACGAAUAGUAAUACUUUUAAAGCAGCAAUUUUUGAAUUUAUUACAUACCAAAUGUGUAAUUUUGUUAUUAUGUGGGUAUUUUUGUAUCAUCCGUUUACUUCUACCAUGGACAAAACUGGCCGAUUGGAUCGUUUUACAUGGUAAUUCCUAUUCUAUACAAUGUAAACCGAUUUGUCAAAUGUCAUGGUAUUUCAAAUAGUUUUUACUUAAAUAAAAUACUGUUUAUUUUUCCUAUAUUUUGUUAAAAAUUGUUAAAGAAUUCAU